AACAAAAAAGAAAGAAUAAUAAUCAAAAUCUGGAAAAGAAAAAAAAAAUCCCUCCUUUGCACAACACAAACACACGAAUUUCUUUCUCUCCACUCGAAUGGAACCGAAUGAAAGUGGACUGAGCUCUUACUAUCACCACCACCACCAGCCACCGCACCCCCACCCCCAACCCCAGCAGAGCCCCGCCGCCACCGCCUCCGCGGCUGCCGUCACCGCUUCGCCCACUAAUGGAAUUCUACCCAACACCGAUAGGCCGCCUCAGAUGCUGUACCCUCACUCGGUGCCCUCGGCGGUCACGCCUCCGUUAGAGACCGUGCGGAGGAAGAGAGGGAGGCCCAGGAAGUACGGAACUCCCGAGCAAGCGGCCGCCGCCAAGAGGGCUUCGGCUUCCGCGUCGAUUUCGCAGUCCAAGAAGAGGGACCAGUCUUUGGGGGGCGUUGCUCUUGGUGGGGGUGCUUCCGCCCCCUCCUCGUCUUCUUCCAAGAAGAACCAAUUGGCUGCUCUUGGUAAUGCUGGGCAUGGUUUUGCGCCGCAUAUUAUUUCUAUAGCUGCAGGAGAAGAUGUGUACCAGAGGAUUAUGUUAUUCAUGCAACAAAGCAAGCGUGAAAUAUGUAUUCUGUCAGCAUCUGGCUCCAUUACUAAUCCAUCUCUACGCCAGCCAGCAACAUCUGGAGGCAACAUUACAUAUGAGGGACGAUUUGACAUCAUAUCACUGUCUGGAUCUUACAUCCGUACUGAGCUUGGAGGAAGAACUGGCGGCCUCAGUGUAUGUCUCUCAGAUGCUAAUGGCCAAAUAAUUGGAGGGGGGAUUGGUGGACCAUUAAGAGCUGCGGGCCCAGUACAGGUAAUUGUUGGUACGUUUCUGAUGGAUACCAAGAAGGAUACAAUUGGUGGCUCAACAAAAGGUGACGCUUCUACCUCUAAGUUCCCAUCACCGGUCUUCCAUUCUGGAGUUGAUUCUUCUGGAAGAGUCCCAAUCAGUGGCGGCGAGGAUCAUCAAAACAUGAGCGGAAGUCAAUUCGUGAUUCAACCUCGUGCCGUGCAGGCAGCAUCCCCACCAGCAUCUGAUUGGAGGAGCAGAGCGGAUGCCAGAACUCAUGCCAGUUUUGACUUGACAGGGAUGGCAGGUCAUGGGGCUCACCACUCUCCAGAAAAUGGAUCCUAUGAACAGCAGUUUCAAGAUUAGGGAUAAGUGGCUUGUGGGUUGAUGAAAAUGCUGCUGCUGCUGCUGUAAGGAGAAGAGUUCUCUUAUUAAUUUGCUAGUGGUAAUUAGGGAAGUCAGUGUCAGUGCUUUGGUGAGAGAGAGAAGAGAGAGAGAGAGAGAGCUAUGAAAACUCUGCAUUAUAUUAUUGUCUCUACUAAAAUUAUAUUUGAAUUAAUAGCUAGCUGCUGUAUAGGAGAUGGUUUAUCUCAUCUUAUCUUCUAUCUUAAUAUCUAGGAUCUAGCUAGCUAGCGGUUUUUUCUCUGCUUCUGUUUUAGUGUGGGAUCAUCACUAAUUAAUAUUAGGUUGGCUUUAAUUAGCUGCUAUUAUUAUCUGGAUCU